AGCGCAGUAGUGUCGUGUCCAUCGACUCGCGGCCCGUGUCUGAGAACUCAUCGUCUCUUGACCGGGUCGACUACUUUGCGUGAGGGGUCGGGUCGAAGAGGAGGCGGAUAUGGAGUCGUACGCGGUCGUGUGAUGGACACCAGCCCUCCACGACAUCAGGCUAUGACUAGGUGCCAACUUGCGUUGAAGCUUCUUCAUUCCAACAUAUCCAAUGGGAUUUUGGAAAGCUUAGACUGGGAAGCCGCUGC